AUUCCAUAUAUGUGUGGGAUAGGUUUAAAAAUAUCGUAACUGUUGCAUUUCUUUGCGGAACGGGUAAUGAGGGCGUGGUAAAUGUAUAUAUAGGACACGGUAAUGCUUUAUCUGUCACAAAGCGUCACAUCUAUAGAGACAACAUGUUUGUAAAACUGGUAGUAUUAGCUUCAGCGGUGGCAUACGCCUCAGCAGUAUGGAACGGACCAUUGGCUGGUGGUGUGCCAGCUCAUCAAUAUCCUGCAGGAGUGAGUCCUCAAGCCUGUCCAAACUUCCCUAACUGCGCCAAUCCAGCGGUGGCAGCCAACCCAAAUGCUCCGGCACCAAACGCAUGGGCCCAGCCUCAACAAGCAUGGAACCAAGGAAACCAAUGGAACCAAGGUAAUCAAUGGAACCCUGCUCCAGUUCCCCAAUGGAACGGUGGUGCCCAAAACGCUUUGGACAGGGGUGAAUACAUUGGAGACGGUGAUUACCACGGUGAAGGUCUUAGGGAGGCUGGUGCUUACGGAAGAGUAGAUGGACCUGAAACAUGGACCAACCCCCAGCAAAACCAGUGGAACCAGGGUGGACAGUGGAAUCCACAACCUGCUGCCCAUGGAGUUCCUGCUCAAAUUCCUGCUGGAGUUGACCCAGGAUCAUGCCCUAACUAUCCCUUCUGCCACUAGGUUUAUAUAAAUUGCCACCACUGCCAUCGUUCGUUCAAAAAGAAGAAAUUCCAAAAGUUAGACACCAGUUGACAACAUGUCGAGUAUUAGUUUAGUUUUUUCAAUUAAUCGAAAUCAACUGUUGAAUACUCAAAAAAAGCCGUGUUCGUUAUUAAUGUUUUGUUGUAUGUAUAGAAAUUUUUUUAUUUCGAAAUAAAACUAUUUAAAAUAAAA